CAGGCAAAAGUGUGCUAGCUGCUGUCAGCGCUCUCUUCAUGCUAUAUUUUGACACGCCGCUCCGGGCAUAAUGCAUGCUGUCAGCCAGGGUGGCCAUUUCACUGCCCCGCCGCUCUCGCUCUAUGGAGACGUAACAUUCUAGCGGACGGCACUGUUGUGAUUUGUUGUUAUUGCUAGCCCCGCGCCGCGCGCGAACGUCCGUCCGUCGUCGCGCGCACGCCUGCGUAGCGCCAAAUUCUCACUAUUGAGAGAGCGGGGAGAAAUGCUUUUUUUUGUCCUCGAAGACGUGUUUCAGGCAGAGUGAAGUCCUCUCGUGAACGCUACGAGCCUUCUUUUGAAUUCGACUCUGGAGUUCGACCACUACCCCGCGUGAUAUUAUGGCAAAGUUUGGUUUUAUACCGAGGAAAAGUUUUUCACUGGGGAGAAUUCCUUAAGCCAUUGCCCACAACUGGCUUGGAAAAUUUGGCCACCACAACAUUUUUGCCGCCACCUCUUCUUUCUCCUCCUCCUCCAUCUGCUACCGCUGCACAAAGUGAAGGCUGAUAUGCUACAUCAGUGAUGGAGCCCAUGACGGUUACUACGUCGGUGGCGGGAUCAGAUGAUUUCGAUCGCAACGCCCCGCGGAUCUGCGGGGUUUGCGGUGACAAAGCCACCGGCUUCCACUUCAACGCCAUGACCUGUGAGGGUUGCAAGGGCUUCUUCAGGCGCAGUAUGAAGCGUAAAGCCGCCUUCACCUGCCCAUUCAACGGCAGCUGCACCAUCACCAAAGACAACCGACGUCACUGCCAGGCCUGUCGUCUCAAGCGCUGCAUUGACAUUGGCAUGAUGAAAGAGUUCAUCCUCACAGAUGAAGAGGUACAGAGGAAGAAGGAAAUGAUAUUGAAAAGGAAGGAGGAGGAGGCGGCGAAGCAAGCGUCAAGGCCUCGGCUCAACGAAGAGCAGGCCCAGAUCAUCUCCUCCUUGGUUGAGGCUCACCACAAGACUUACGACGCCUCCUAUUCAGACUUCUCCCGCUUUCGGCCUCCAGUGCGUGAAGGUCCAGUAACACGCAGCGCCAGCAGAGCCGCCUCCCUUCACUCUCUGUCUGAUGCUUCCUCCGACUCGUUCAAUCACUCGCCUGCAGAGUCGCUGGACACCAAGAUGAACUUCACCAACCUGAUCAUGAUGUACCACGACGGUGCGAACAGUCCAGACUCUAGUGAGGAGGAAAGCAAGCUCUCAAUGCUGCCCCAUCUGGCUGACCUAGUCUCCUACAGCAUCCAGAAGGUCAUAGGGUUUGCCAAGAUGAUCCCAGGCUUCAGAGAACUGACAGCAGAAGACCAGAUUGCUUUGCUGAAGUCGAGUGCCAUUGAGAUCAUCAUGCUGCGCUCCAAUCAGUCUUUCAGCCUGGAGGACAUGUCCUGGAGCUGUGGAGGACCUGACUUCAAAUACUGCAUCAAUGAUGUCACAAAGGCGGGUCACACUUUGGAGCUGCUGGAGCCGUUGAUCAAGUUUCAAGUUGGCUUGAAGAAGCUCAAUCUGCACGAGGAGGAGCACGUCCUGCUCAUGGCCAUCUGCCUGCUCUCCCCAGAUCGUCCUGGGGUACAGGACCACGGUCGCAUCGAGCAACUCCAGGACCACAUGUCGGAGACUCUUCAGGCUUACAUUCGAGUCAACCACCCCGGCGGACGCCUUCUCUACGCCAAGAUGAUCCAAAAGCUGGCAGACCUGCGCAGCCUGAAUGAGGAGCACUCAAAGCAGUACCGCUCACUGUCCUUUCAGCCCGAGCACAGCAUGCAGCUCACCCCGCUGGUGCUGGAGGUUUUUGGCAGUGAGGUAUCAUAGCAGGAACAUACAAACGCACGCUGAUUGCCUUCACCCUCCACCCCCGCGCCCCUAUCAUGAUCACCUCUGGAAAAGCCUUCUCUUUUGAAGGCUACUGACAUGGGCAGAUUCAUCAUCAUAUGCCUCACUCCUCAUCUAGACCUCGGCUGGCAAGAAUUCUGGGAUGCAAGAAGCUCAGAACUGACGGAUGCAGUGGAUACCUGCAGCACUCGGAUAAUUGGAUAACAUCAUGACACUUUCUUCACACCGCUCGACUCCAUCCACAGUUCCCCAUAACAUUUGUCAACUGAACUUUGCUGGAUGGAUGGUUGGAACGGCCAGCCCUUGUCUCUGUCAUCUUUCGACACAGCUCGCUGUUCACAUGUCCAAAUUUUAGAGGAAUACACAAUUGCAUCAUCUACGCUGUUGGCGCAACCUAAGGCAUCCAAACAAUGGCGGUCUUACAAGAAUACUUGCAGCUUCCAAGCAAGCUCUCAAUAUAGUGUGCAAAGAUGAAGAGGAAAAAAAGACCUGUCAGGAUUGACAGGGAUGGAGCCGGGGAGGUUGGUGGUUGGCUACCUAAAGAGAGACUCCCCCCUAACAGUUGGAAUUCCUUGCUGUCCAGUCAAAAGGGAAUUAUGCAGGAAUGUACCUAUGUACAGGUAUAACACUAUAAAAAUGAAAUGUAUAAGCUGACCUAUAUAGUUAAACACAAUUAUAUAUGUAUUUAAGACAUUGGGUGCUUCAAAGGAGGCCCAACUGUAAAGUUGUUGAAAGUAAACCGGGGUUUCCCAAACUUUGCCUGCUAGGUUCCUCCAUCAGAAUCAGAAUCAUCUUUAUUGGCCAAGUAUGUCGAAACAUACAGACUUCCCAAACGACAUUGAAUUACUGUACAUAAAUUAAUGAUCAAGAACAAAGAAGACCUGUACGAAUCAAACACGCCACAGAUAGUUUGCGUAUUUGAUGAUCAAUAUAAAAACAGUUUCACCCUGACAAUCGGGUACUCAAAACAAAACUGACCCGCAGCCCUGUUUGGGAAAGCUUUUCGUAAAGGAUUUGAAGGCCGCCUCUCAUUGUGCGGUGCGUCCCUGUAGGAACACACUCUGAAUAGUCCUUUGAUGUUAAUGUGUGUACAGUACAAAAAAUAUAUAUAUAUAUUGGUGGACCACAAGGGGGUGAUGAGUUCAGGCCCUGUCUGAGGCCUCAUAUUCUCCCGUUUUUCCUUUUUCGUUUGUUUUUUGGACCUGUGAAGUUUGUAGACUGACAAAGAAGACGUCACAAUGUGGCGGAUCGCGGCUAUCCACCACAUUUUAGUUGGGCUGCUAAGACAGUAGCAGAUAGUUGCUCGCUGUUACCUCAGGGAAAAGUUCUGUCUGAUAGUGUGUACGUAGUGUUGGUGUGUGUCAGGCGUAAGCUUACAAUCAGAAGACAACGUUUUCAAAACGGCAUCACUGUGAUUUCUAAUCGUACCAGAUAACAGUCACUUUAAGCUAAAAAUAAACGGAAUCAAUGAAUCAGAAGCAACAUAAAAGCUAAAGUACAUUUCCAUCCAUCCAUUGGAGGGUUGGGGGACCUUGAAUCCUCAACCUAGGUUUGGUGUCACUUGAUUUGAUUCAGGAGGAAUACUGAAGGAAGCAAUAUAGAUAAAGACACGUUGGCUUCGAAAUAUGUUGACGCUUUCAAUAGCACGGCGAGUGAUAAAAAGGACCGUUUCACCGUCGCCCUGUCACUUGACAGCCCCUCGGCAGGCCUCGAGCUCCCCCUUGUGGACAUACUUUGUAAAUACCACUUUCUCGGUGUGGUCUGUACAUAUUUAGAAUUUCAUGUCGUCAAAACGCUAAAAGAAUUCGAGAUGCUCUGGAGUUACACACACUAUAUGUAUUAGCAGCAAAGGAGCCUUGUGUUUUAUUAUUCAACUCUAUGGGUGGAGUCGACCCUUCUGGUGAGCGCAUUUGAUUUGUUGAAGGAAACACAACAAAGUGUUGUGCUUUUGGACACUUCACAAACCAAACUGUUGCAAACUACUCACAUUCGUGGAAUGUAUUAAAACCAUUGUCACUUAACAUUCCUAUGCAUGAAACAGAAGAUGUACAAAUCAGUGUGUGGUCGACAGCUAGUGUCCUCUCCAUCCUUCCCACGCGUCUGGGCGCAAGUAUUUUCAGUCUCUCCCACAAAUAGGGGGAGAAGCUUUUUGACACUGUUAAAAUACUAUUACGACUUGGGUGGAAGUUCUUACUCAAUUGCGCUAAUCUACAUUGCCUAGCUUGCGCUUAUUUGCUGGCUGAGGACUUCUGGUUUUAUGGAUUAAUGACUAGCUCGGAGGACUACUUGGUUUCAACGGAGCAACUAUAUUCUUCACCUUUUGGGCAGGGAAACGACACAGUAUUCUUGCUUUUCUGCCAGAAUAUGUACAAAACUGAAGGCCGUAUCAACAACCUCAAUGGAAGGAGCGACAUUUUGCCCCGAUGGCAUCAUGUUCAAGUCCCACCGUCUUAGUAUGACUGACAGGAGCAUUAGCCAAUAGCAACCAGCAUGGGCGUGCCUCUUCACCAACCAGCCAACCUACAUACCGCCUCAUCUUCUGCAGCAGCCAAUAUUACUGCCGUUGGUGACUAACAACAGCUUUAACCCAGCAGCCGUCUCGGCUCUGCUUCUUUGGUGCACCAAAGGCCGAUGGGAACAUCCGCCGCGGACUGUCGCUUAACUGUGAAAACAAACAAUGCCCAAAUUACCUUUUAUUCUACCCCGCUUAAACCUUUACAUGGACCUCCCUCCACGAGACUUAUGUACAGAAAUUUUGGAAGGAAGAUCGCCUCAGAUAUGCAGUGACUGAUGACGACUAGUCACCUCCUGAUCCCAAAGUGUGACAUUACCUUGCUCAUUUCGCAGCCUCACUUCUUUGCAGCUCUCAGAAUUUACAAUCUUGGGGGGGGGGGGGUUUGUUGUAGUUAAAAAAAAAACUGGACUUGCAUAGAAAUACCAACAUCACCUGCUUGAAAAAAAGGAUUGCAAAUUGGUGGAGGAAGACCGCUCAACUUUUUAGGUUUCGGAGGAAGAAAACAUUUAACGUUCUCCGUGUUUGGUGACUGAAUGAACUGAAAUUGUUGAGUCCUCUGCCCACUCUAGCCAGGUUUUCAGCUCCACCUCAGUAGCCUUACUGGUGGUUCUUUCACACUUGCUUUCUUUGGUCCCUUUUACUCUUUGAUUUGAUUGAACCCCCAAUCCCACCCAAACAUUUCUACACAAAAGCCUAAAUAAGAAACAGAAUAAGAGAUCAAUAUAGCAGACCUCGUGUUUUUAUUUACCACACGAUCAUCUUUCAGAGACAUCAUCUGCAAAUCUGGCCUUUGCUGACUAAAGCAAGCAAACCUCUCAAAAAUGGACCAGAUGGUCAGUAUGUGUGUACCUCGCUUGAGAUCUUUAUUACUAAUUGACUUUGAAGUUUUAGAAAACACGACAGGCCUCUGCUGAAUUCCCGUGUUCCCUGCGAGAAAGUUCAGCCAACUGUCGACAUCGCCAACAAUGACUCGGGGAAUGAGUUGAGUCAUUCUGCUUAUUUCUAUAAAGAAGAACCCAGCCAGGCGGAAACGCGCCAAGUUUAUAAACUUGAUCGGAUUGAAACCGAUUGGGACCAGAGAAAAGCCAUCUCAUGAGUGUGAAAGCACCCUUCCAGAAACCCCCUCCUCCUCGAUACACCAUCGAAACACAUACCUCAAUCAUAUCCGAAAUGACUUUUGACAUUAAUAGCCUAGAAGGGAACCAAACAUCAGCUCAUCCGCACACACGUGCACUCUCUUAUCGGAUCGUUGUUGUGUAAAAGAUGGUUGUGGAGUCACAGUCCCGUUGCCAGUAGACUGGCGUGCGUGCGUGCGUGUGUGUGCGUAACCGAGUGGAUCCCAAUGCUUGGAUGUUUUUACUCACUUUCUGGUUUUCUGGCUUUGUCCUCAUUUCUGGAUCAUUACACUUUUUUUUUUUUGUCCAGUGUUUUCAGCUCAGCUUUAGUGCCGCAUUAACCAAACAUUACUACCUCUCCCUUCAGCACAUACAAUACAUUCAGUCUCGUAUUUCUUUGUGUCGCAACACAGGUGGUCCUUUUUAAUUUAACACUAACGGAAAGGAUAUGUUUGUCGUGUACAGUCGUGAUUAGUCCCUGUUUGAUCUGAUCAAAUGCUGGAUGAUUUCUUUUACCUCAACAUAUCACGAGAUAAGCUUAACAGGUCUACAGCCGAGUCAGCUACGUCAUCGCGUCACCAUUCACACAGGUGUGCGCCUCCUAGCGGUAACGAACAGCCAAUUAUUAUUCGCUUAAUGUCAGGUGGAGGAGAUCAGUAGGUUCAGGCGCGUUAAAAUGAUUGUUUCAUUUUCAAUUUAGUAGAUUGAAUUAUCUGCGGUGGGCAAAGCGGGCCUGAUAUUUUAUUUUUUACAAUUCAGACAACCUGCUGUGAGGAAGAAAGACUUGGUUGUCACAGAUGUUUUAGAAAGGAGCCUCUAACCAGUUUUUGUUUCAAGUGUGUGUAUUCCCCCACAGUGUCUGGAUGUGGCAAACGUUUGUUUCAGCCUGGGUAAAAAAAAAAAAAAAGGAAACCGAUGAAAUAAAAUGAGCAUCAAAUUGGCAUGGAAAUACCGUUUAACAUAACUAAAUGAAUGUACAGUAUACGUAAAUUGCAAACACUGGUUCAGCGCAACGGGUGGUGAUUUCUAAAACUGAAAAUGCUCAUUUUGGCACCAAUUGGGAAGGAGGCGGGGGGGAUCAAGGGGAUGUUGCAAAUGAAUGUACUGGACGUAUGCAGAUGCUGCCAACUUGCCAAGAGGUAUUAAAGCCACACAGGUUUAAAAAAAAAA